AGGGCGGCAGGCGUUGUGGCGGCGGUGGCGGCGGGGCAGGAGGAGGGAAUGAGCGAGGAGGAGGCGGAGGAGCCUUGCGGGAGCGCGAGGAGCGGCGGCGGCUUCCCCAGUAUAGAGCAAAUGCUGGCGUCCAAUCCCGGCAAGACCCCUAUCAGCCUGCUUCAGGAGUAUGGGACGCGCAUAGGCAAAACGCCCGUCUACGACCUUCUCAAAGCCGAGGGACAAGCGCACCAGCCCAACUUCACCUUCCGCGUCACCGUCGGUGACAUCAGCUGCACUGGCCAAGGCCCUAGCAAAAAGGCAGCCAAACACAAGGCAGCUGAAGUGGCCCUCAGGCUCCUAAAGGGAGGGAACAUGUUGGAGCCGGCAGCCCCGGAGGAAGCCAGCUCUCCUUUCUCUCUAGAGCCCCUGGCUCCGACUGCUGCCCCAGCUGCCACCACACCUGUGCCCAUCGUGCCGGCUGCAUCUCCCAGAAGCUCCCCGUUGGACAUGAAGUCGCCAGUAUCACCGCAGCAGUCCGAGUGUAAUCCGGUUGGGGCCCUGCAGGAGCUGGUGGUGCAGAAGGGUUGGCGGCUUCCUGAAUAUACAGUCACCCAGGAAUCAGGACCGGCACACCGCAAGGAGUUCACUAUGACCUGUCGCGUGGAGCGGUUCAUUGAGAUAGGCAGCGGCACUUCCAAGAAACUGGCCAAGCGCAAUGCUGCCGCGAAGAUGCUGGUGCGGAUUCACAAUGUGCCCCUGGACCCUCGAGAGGGCAGCGAGGCCGAAGCGGAGGAGGACCAGUUCUCUAUAACUACAGGAAACAAGCUGGACGGGGUGAAAGGUCGGGGGUCAGGCUGCACCUGGGACUCCCUGCGCAACUCAGCCGGGGAGAAGAUCCUGCACCUGAAAAGCCACCCCUUGGGGGUGCUGAGCGCUGGAUUCUGCAGCCUUCUGCAAGAGCUUUCUGAAGAGCAGAGCUUUGACAUCAGCUACCUCGAUAUCGAUGAGAGGAGCUUGAGCGGCCUGUACCAGUGUCUGGUGGAGCUCUCCACGCAGCCGACUACAGUGUGCCACGGCUCAGCCACCUCCCGCCACGCCGCCCGGGCUGACGCUGCCCGCAACGCACUGCAGUACCUCAAGAUCAUGGCAGGGGGGAAAUGACGUGAAAUGACACCACCGUGACUCUGGCAUUCCCUCAGCUGUCCAAACAGCUGGGCUCUGCCUGCCUGCCCGUUAGAGGGGCUGCUUCAUUUUCUUCUGUCCUGACUUGGAGAGGGUGGGGUGGGCAGACCUGUAUGGGUCAGGCUGCAUCCCCCAAUAUUCUUCAGGGGGUAGAAGGGUAAAGAUUUCAAGCUGGAAUCGAGACUUGGAGGAGUUCCCGAUACCUGCGGGCUCUGGAGGAGGUCGCUAGAGACUUGUAGCCCUGAUCCUGGGACUGGCCUGCCGCGCCCUCGUCAGGGGUCACCCCUGCUGCUGCUGCUGCUUGUAGUUGGGGGGUGAGAACUGAUUAGUUUGACCACAAUUAGGGAUUGCAAAAACUGGAGCUUUAACUCAUUGGACCUUGCAAGCGAUCAGUGUAGAACACGCGCUGCAGAACUGUGCGCCUCCUGACGAUUGUUCGGGGAGGGCUACGGGCCAGUUUCUACCUCCAUCAGAAUCAAAUAUUAAGGCUUUUCCAUAGAUUAUGCCACUUCAGCCUGUGGGAGAAGGCUCGUAUGUUGGAAUGCUGUCCCAUCUUUAAAAAAUAAUAAUAGAGAACCAGCGCAGCAAAGGGAGAGGUGCUUCUUAAAUUUCUAUUCUAGCAUACAACAUGCUAAUUUUUUACUUCCAGGAAUGCCGAGGAAGAUUCCAAAACGUGGGGAGGGGUGAUAAAAGCCCCACCCACUCUGCUAAGCCACUCCCACCACAUGUGUUUCCUCUUUUCUUAAGGUUUCUCCUUCCUUCUUCAUCUCAGCUGGAGAACAGCCUUCCUCAACGGACCCUCCAUGUUCAGGAGUAGUCUCUCUCAGUACCUGAAACUUAAGUAGGAAGCGGUUGCCUUCAGGCUCUGCUUGUAGCUACCCAGAGGUAUUUGGGAGCUGGAUGCUGGUCUAGGUGGAGGGGAAAUGACUUGUCCAAGAUGGCAAACUGAGCGUAAGGCAGAGGUGGGAACUGAACUCCGAACUCCCAGAAUAAUUUUCCUUUCUAAAACUCUCAGUCCUUUCAGCCAACAUUUGCUUUCCCUGCCACUAAAACGGCGACGACAAAGUGAGGCAGCCUCACAGAUCAAUUGCUUCUUCACUCACGACGCUCAAAUUAAUUUAUGGAAUUUGCUGCCGCCUGGUAUGGCUGUGGCUGCUACCUUAGAUCACUACCACGAUGGCUAAGUAGAACCACAUAUUCAGAGGCUGUAGACUUCCCAACACUGAGUAAUUGAGGGAACAGGGGAAGUCUUACGAGGUUUAUACCCUGUUUGGGAGCUUCUAGAGGCCUCUGCCAGACUCUUCUUGGAAACAAGGGCAAAACGUGCUUUGAUCUGAGUCUCUGAAUUUGCCCUUGUGGCCUUCAUAGGAUCAAUAGGUGCUUUCAUGCCCUGCUCGAAUGUAGGUUCUUCAAAAAUAUAAGGGAUUCUUAUAUUAAGCCUUUAAUUAACCCACCCCCCCCUCUUAUGCUCCGGAAACUCUGGCUCUUUUGCUUAGCAAUAAGGAUCCUAAACUUACUUUUAGCAAUUGCAAAGUACGACUCAGUCCUUUUAGUUCUUGCAUCCAAAAAAAAUAAGGAAUAAGUAUUUUCCGCUGCUCAAGAUUUAUGAAUCAAUGAGCUUCUAAAGGUAUGAAAGGGAAGGAAAGGAACGGAGUCUCUAAGGAUCUUACCUUUUAAAGCAACAGCCAGAUCGUAAAUUAUUAGGAGCGUGCCCCAGAUACGUGGAAAAUACUAUCUUUACAUAUCUUUUCCCUUAACUUUUUUUUUGCCCAGAUUUCCCCACUCAUCCCUAGCCAAAAUGAAUUUCCCCCUUCAGUUAAUCUUUCCCCAAAGUAUUUAUUCUCUUGUAAAUCCCUCCCUCCACUGAACAGAGGACAAAUCCUCCGUAUUGUCCCAGUUUCGGUACGUGUGCUGCACAGAUCGUCAUUUUUCUCACCCCUGCAGGGAGGGUUUUGUCCUCCCCUACCCAGAAGGUAUCCCAACAUGCAAACUGUAUCCACACCCAGCCCGAAAUGGCACAACCUGUGAAAACUUUACUCCUUGAUUCUGUUGCCUGUCAACUGGCCUUCAUCAUUGUAAUGACGGGGGAGAAGAACAGGCCUUGGGACUGCGGCUGGUGCAAGGGGAUUGACAAGCAGCUCGCACCAGCAACGUUGAGCGUGUCAUUUAGUUUACAGUUUCUUGUGGACAGAGAUAAGACCAUUUCUGAAUGCAAGAGGAUGCUGUUCGGGCUGUCUAAUCCCGUUUGUAAAACAAGCGUUUGUGCUAAUGUCCGUCACAAGAACAUCUUGCCAAAAAAUCUAGUAAUUCUG